ACAGAAUGAUUGAAUUCAAGCAUUUAUUAAUGUUAAUUAUGAUAAUUAAAAUUUGUGUCAGUUUCCCACAAGUGAUUACCAAUGUGUUAUUUAAAAUUCAGAAAUGUAAUGCCCUUUACAGUAAUUUGGAAUAGUCAUAACUUGACAGUUCCAGUAGACAGUUACUGAGUCAAUGGAAAGUUGAGUGGAAGGAAAAAAAGCGUGGCUUGCUGGAGCUUCAAGAGAAAUCCCACACAGACUGCCCCAUAUGAACCACAGACUAUGUCAGCAACAAACAAGCCAUGAACCAGGACUGGUGCAGCUGGUGAAUUACUACAGAGGAGCAGACAAGCUGUGCAGGAAGGCAUCGCUGGUCAAGCUAAUAAAGACCAGCCCAGAGCUGUCAGACUCCAACAACUGGUUCCCAGAGUCCUACAUCAUCUACCCCACCAACCUCAACACUCCCGUUGCCCCGGCUACUAAUGGCAUCAGCCACCUGAAGAGCAACCCGAAGACAGACGAGCGGGAAGUCUUCCUGGCCUCCUACCAUGCUAAGAAGGAGAGCGGAGAGGGAACCGUGUGGAUCGCCAAGUCUUCUGCUGGAGCUAAAGGUGCUGGUAUUCUGAUCUCACAUGAUGCCAAUCAGCUGCUGGACUAUAUUGAUAAUCAGGGACAGGUUCAUGUUAUCCAGAAGUACCUGGAGAAACCCCUACUGCUGGAGCCGGGUCAUCGGAAGUUUGACAUCAGGAGCUGGGUUCUGGUGGACCAUCAGUAUAACAUCUACUUGUACCGGGAGGGCGUGCUGCGGACCUCGUCUGAGCCCUACAACAGUGCAGACCUGCAGGACAUGACCAGCCACCUGACCAAUCACUGCAUCCAGAAGGAGCACUCCCAGAACUACGGCCGCUACGAGGAGGGCAACGAGAUGUUCUUUGACGAAUUCAAGCUGUACCUGGUCAACACUCACAACGUCACCCUGGAGACGACCAUAUUACCUCAGAUCAAACACGUCAUCAAGAGCUGCCUGUCGUGCAUCGAGGCGGCCAUCAGCACCAAGCACCUGUCCUACCAGAGCUUCCAGCUCUUUGGCUUUGACUUCAUGGUCGACGAAAACUUCAAAGUGUGGCUCAUCGAGAUCAACGGCGCUCCAGCCUGCGCUCAGAAACUCUACCCAGAAUUAUGUCAAGGCAUCAUUGACGUGGCGAUCUCCAGCGUCUUCACGCUCAACAGUGAUUCAUCGUCCGCUUCGUCGUCGCCUUACUCCUCCUCCCCGUCUUCUCUCUUCACCUCCAACUCCUGCUCCUCUCCGAAGCUGAGGGGCCCUCUGCAUGUGGGCCCUUUCACCCGCCUCUAGGGGCCCUCCGUCCAAACCCAGCAGGAGAUGUGAUCAGUUAAAUGAUAGAAGACGGUGGAAGAUGGUCACACUGCAAAAACACAAAAUCUUACCAAGAACUUUUGGUCUAGUUUCUAGUCCAAAUAUCUUAGUGCACUUGAAAUAAGACAAAAACGUAGAAAUAACUUUUCAACAAGAUCUAGGAGCUUGAUUUGAGUCAGUAAACACUUAAUAUCGAUGAAAAAGUUCUACUGGCAGAUUAUUUCACUAAAAACACAAGAAUAAUUUCUUGCUAUAAGUGAAAUAAUCUGCCAGUGGAACUAUUUGUUUCCAUCAAUAUGAAGAAAGCUCCUAUAUUUUACUGAAAAGUUACUUUCAAAUUAGUUUUGUCUUAUUUAAAGUAUUCCAUGAUAUCUGCACUAGAAAUUAGACCGAAAUGGUCUAGUUGGUAAGAUUUUGUUUUUGCAGUGUACCGAACACUGUGAGGGAUUCUGACCCUUUUUUCCUCCAUCAUUCCCUGAGCGGAUGGAUGGAUGGAUGAAGGAAGUUGAGAUGCUCCAGAUGAGUCUUACUGUGCCUUAGAUUUCCAGCCACUCUCCCUGAAACAGAUGCUAAACGUGGCUUUAUUAUUGGCUCAUACUUGUUCUAGAAGCCAUCUACUCUGUUGCUGCACGUGAGCAAUGCCCACAACACAAUGACCAGAUUAUGUGAUGCGUCAUUAUAGUUUCACAUCAGUUCAAAAGACCGGUUCUACUCAUAAUUAUGGUUUAAGAUCUUCUUGAAGUGUAGCAUUUAUGAACAACAUGAGUGAUAAGACACUACAUAUUUAUGUUGAGGAGCAGCUUGGAGGACAGAUAGACUAGAAACAUUAUGUUUUCUCAUUUUUAAAUUCCUUACUGUGGCGGUUCUUUCACGAGUGGCACCAAUUAUGGUUUUUAAUAUAGAAAUAAUGUUGACAUUUUCCUGAGAUUUCUGAGACCAACACCUACUGGCCCUCAUAGAAAAACAUGUUGCUCACCCAGAUUCUUGCAGAUUGGGAAGUUGGAAUACCUGGAUGCAAUUCUACUUGAAGGCAGCCAAUCCCGGGUCCCAAUUUACUUUCCUUAGCCCUGAUUGGCUGAACCUUCAGAUAAGGAACACUGUAGGUGUUAGCUAGUGCUAACACAGUUUCACUGUGCUAAUGAACAUAUUUCAAGAUAUAUUUGGUGUUUGAACUAUUAAAAUGAGCAGCUUUGAGUGUUUUUAGAUGGGCUCUCAGGUGUUCGCAGAUUUUAGCUACUAGUGAGGCUGUGACCUCACAAAUCCUGGGAGUUUACAAUAUUACAGCGAUGCUCGCUUGGUGCCGUGCAUCUGCGGUGAUAUCUGACAUGAAAAUUAUGAAUGACUGCCUUUUUGUGUUAUUUUUUUCAAAUGAACAUUCUUGCCAUCCCUAGUAAGCUAGCACCCUGGGUGACAGCCCAUUUCAACAGUAUCAAGAUCCAUGUCUGCAGCCCUAAAAUACCUUUUGUAUUCCAGCCUUCUAAGUGGAUUGAAAAAGGAGAGGAACACAACAUGAAGGAGAAGAGUCUAGCAUUAAAGUGUUGUAGACAAAAAUAUUUUAUGAUUUUUUUGUGGUUUUGUUUUUAAAGAGAGCAUGUUUGUAGAAAAGCAUGUAGCAUUCAGCUCCAGACAGAAACUGUUUGUUUUUGUUGUUUUAGUUUUGUGUUUUCAUGUUUAUGGUGUAGUUAGGUGACGCAUCAUCGUGCUGGUUUUGUUUUCAAGCAUUUGGACGUGAAAUAGAGUAGGUAGUGGAGAAUGUCAAUUAUUAUUUAAAACAUUUAAUGACCCUCUGAAAUAGGGUUAGCUGAGGUCAGCAUUUUUAUUUUAGCUAAAUAUCUGUGAUCAGUAGUCAGAUGUUUGUGGGAUUUUUGUUUAAUUUAAUUUCAGCUACAGAAUGAGUAAUUUUGCAUGUUUUGUCUCAUUUUCCUUGGGCUAGCGUCGGUCAAAGAUGUCCCGUUUCCUUCAGAUACAAAGAGAAACUGUUUCUGUAAAGAGCAUCUGUCAUGACUUUUAUAACUUUUAGUUUUCCACUGAGCUUUUAGUUUAAUUCAUUUUAAUUUCUGGAAUUUUGCAAAAAUCGAAAAAAAAUAAAAUGAAGGACAUAAAGGAAGGAGAAAGUAGCUGACGUUGCAAAUGGGGAAGUUAGAAUAAAAUGGCCGCACCAGAAGAAUGUGGAAAAAAUGAAGGUUGUUGUGGAGAUUUAUUGGACUGUGGGAAAGGCAUCGUAGAGCAAUAGUUUAGAGAAAUAAAACCCCAGUAAACUACACAUUCACUUAGCUCAGACACAAAGGAAAGAAAAAGGUUCUGCAGCUCAAAGAAACAUUAAAUGUUGCUCAUUCACUUUGAAAACCAAUAAAAUAAAGGCAAGAUUUGAUUUAUUUAGUCUUUUAGUUUCUUUCUGGGUUGUCUGGCUCUAAGAUCAGGUAAUAUUUUCCUUUUGUACUCACUGUGUUUUUAAUGUCCAUAAUGUCUGGAAAAAUCCCAGAAAUGGCAUAUGAUGAGAGCAGGAAGUGUCUGACAGAGAAGAUUGCCUUUAGCAGGAAUAAGGGAAACAUUAAAAAGCACCUUUAUUACUUUGCAUACUUUACAAAUCAUGAUGUCAGUUUCUUUAAAUUUUUUGAGCAUAUUUUUAUUCCACUGUUUUUAAAGUGUUUCUCUCAUUUUUACCAAAGAUGAACUUUUGUCCACUGUUUGUUUGGCGGAAUGAAAGAAAAGCAAACAUUCUGGGUGUGUUUCUUUUUCCCCCUGAUGUAACGUUUAGUUUUAAAGCUUGCAUGAACAUCUGUCUUCAUCAUGAACAGUGUUAGAAUAAAAUCAAACAUUUGUCUCUAA